AUGAAAGCAGUUUUCGUAACGAAGAUCGAUACAUCUAUACGUCCAGUGGUCGUUUGGCCGGAAAUAAGUUCGCCUGCCCAAUCCUUGGCCUCGGUCAUAAAAGUCCCUUCGAACUCCUGUUUUCCCUGGCGGGCCGCCUUCUGCUCCUUCAGCUUCGGAUCGUUGGGAGACAGCUCCGGCUCCCGGCGGCAGCAUACGAAGGCGCACAACCGACAUAGCAGCACCACCAGUAGGCCCGCUAUGAACGUGACGAUAGAAGAUAGGAGAAAGCACCACCAUUUUCGGACACUGAGGCAGUCGUCGUCUUCAGGUAUCGGCGCGGUUGUCGCCUCUUCCUCGGACGAAGCCAUUCCCCGAGGGCGCGAGGCAUCCAGGCAGGCGCGCCAUGCACGUGCUGAGGCGCGCGCGCUCGCACGUCAGCCCGCGCACGACCGAACGUCGAGCGAGGCCGAGGGCGAGUGUUCGCCGCGCUGCCGCUCGAUGCCGCGCGAUCGAUCCGCGCCUGCGCGCCCGCUACCGUCCGCUCAUGCUGACCCGCGACCCGCGACCCGAGCUUAUCUUCUCUCCCGAAAUCGUCACGCUGCGACCCCUACCCACCCCGUUUUCGAUAAACACCUUGAAUGCCACUGUUCCAACUUGCGUCACGUUCGAUCAAUCUCCCUUUAUUCUGCGAACGCUGCUAUCCUGCUGUGUUUUCGCUUCUCGUUCUAA